AUGUUGGCAAUGGAGAAGGAAUUUGAUUCAAAGCUUGCUCUUCAAGGGAACUCAUCCAGCGUCGGCAAAGUCGCCAGAAGCAAGAGCUUCUCCUUUAAGGCUCCCCAAGAGAAUUUCUCCAUCCAGGAUUUCGAACUCGGCAAGAUCUAUGGCGUUGGCUCUUACUCUAAGGUUGUUAGGGCAAAGAAGAAGGAAUCUGGAACUGUGUAUGCAUUGAAGAUAAUGGACAAAAAAUUCAUCACAAAGGAGAAUAAAACCUCUUAUGUGAAACUGGAAAGGAUCGUUCUUGAUCAACUUGCCCAUCCUGGGAUCAUCAAACUGUUCUUCACAUUUCAGGAUGCAUUCUCACUAUAUAUGGCACUUGAAUCUUGCGAGGGUGGCGAGCUUUUCGACCAAAUAACCAGAAAAGGUCGGCUAUCAGAGGAUGAAGCUCGGUUCUACACUGCAGAAGUUGUGGAUGCUCUUGAGUACAUACAUAACAUGGGACUGAUACAUCGAGAUAUUAAGCCGGAGAAUCUGUUGCUGACUUCAGAUGGGCACAUUAAGAUUGCGGAUUUCGGUAGUGUAAAGCCAAUGCAAGAUAGCCAGAUCACAGUACUUCCUAAUGCAGCUUCUGACGAUAAGGCGUGCACUUUUGUCGGCACUGCUGCGUAUGUUCCUCCAGAAGUUCUCAACUCCUCUCCUGCAACUUUCGGAAAUGAUCUCUGGGCUCUCGGCUGCACUCUCUACCAAAUGCUUUCAGGGAGUUCUCCAUUCAAAGACGCAAGUGAAUGGCUGAUUUUCCAAAGAAUUAUUGCCAGAGAUAUAAAGUUCCCUAAUCACUUUUCAGAAGCAGCAAGAGACCUCAUCGACCGGUUGCUGGAUACAGAUCCAAGCAGAAGACCAGGUGCUGGGUCAGAAGGUUAUGCUGCUCUUAAGAGACAUCCUUUCUUCAUAGGAGUUGACUGGAAGAAUCUUAGGUCUCAGACUCCUCCAAAACUAUCCCCAGAUCCUGCGUCUCAGACAGCAUCUCCUGAGAGUGAUUACACACACGGUUCUCCUUGGAACCCAACACAUAUUGGAGACUCUUCAGCCACGCAGAACGAUGGGCACGUUCCUCCUUCUACAUCUUCUGAAUCAUCGGGUUCCAUAACAAGGCUUGCUUCAAUAGACUCUUUUGAUUCGAGAUGGCAACAGUUUCUGGAGCCAGGAGAAUCGGUUCUGAUGAUAUCAGCCGUGAAGAAGCUUCAGAAAAUAACGAGCAAGAAGGUUCAGCUGAUACUCACCAACAAACCCAAGCUAAUUUAUGUUGAUCCGUCAAAGCUAGUCGUGAAAGGGAACAUAAUCUGGUCUGAUAACUCGAAUGACCUCAACGUUCUAGUCACUAGCCCUUCCCAUUUCAAGAUUUGCACGCCAAAGAAGGUUUUAUCAUUUGAAGACGCGAAACAGAGAGCUUCGGUGUGGAAAAAGGCAAUCGAGACUCUUCAGAACCGCUAG